CGGGAGGCUCAGCGCUGCCGCAUCAAGCCCUCCUCAGACAAUCGCGGUCCUCUAUCCGAGUCAUACUCGUUCCGGUACCGAGGCGAAGCGACGCCUAUAGGAGCAGAUCAAGCCGAUCGCGCUCAUGUUGGAGGACUAAUACCCGAGCCCGCGUGUGGUGUGCGUGUGUGUGAGGGUGUGCGUGUGCUUGUGAGACAGGAGUAACUCGUUGGAUUACGCUGAAAGAGAUUUGAACGCACCAGAAACAUGUGGCCGUCAGACCCCCGGUAUCAGCACCAGCAGAAGCAGGAGGAAGAGAUCACCGACAUGGACCCCAACAAGCUAAACAACAACGACAUGGUGCUGUCCAAGGCCAUCAAGCUGGACGAGGAGAUGCUCAAGCUGCCCAACCGCGUCUCGGAGACGCUCACGGGCCACAACAUCCUCAUCACGGGCGGCACGGGCUUCAUGGGCAAGGUCUUCAUCGAGAAGGUGCUCAGAAAGACCCCCAACGUCGGCGCCAUCUACCUCCUCGUCCGGAACAAGAAGGGCAAGGACCCGAAGGAGCGCCUCAAGGACGUCUUCUCUUCGCCGCUGUUCGGCCACGUGUCCACGGCCUACUGCCACCUCAACGAGCCCGUCCUGGAGGAGAAGCCGUACCCGCCACCCGCCGACCCGCACAACAUCAUCAAGUGCAUGGAGUGGAUGUCCGACGAGGUGGCCGAGUCGAUGACCAAGAAAAUCCUCGGGAACCUGCCCAACACGUACGCGUACACCAAGGCCCUGGCCGAGCACCUCGUCGUGGAGCAGUUCGACAACCUGCCCGUCGGCAUCAUGCGGCCGUCAAUCGUGGUGCCCAUCUGGAAGGAGCCGCUGCCCGGCUGGACCGACAACAUCAACGGCCCCACGGGGCUGCUGAUCGGUGCCGGCAAGGGCGUGAUCCGCUCCAUGUACUGCGACUCGGACAGCUACGCCGACUUCCUCCCCGUCGACAUCGCCGUCAACGCCAUGAUGGUCGCCACCUGGAACUGGCUCGCCCGAGGAGACCGGUCCCGACGCAUCUGCCACAUGACAUCUUCGUCCGAGAUCAAGAUCUCGUGGGCCGAGAUCGUGGAGCUUGGGCGCUCCAUCGUGGAGAACGUGGUGCCGUUGAACGGCGUGGCCUGGUACCCGGGCGGCUCCCUCAAGAAGAACAGGACCUACCACAACAUCUGCGUCUUCUUCUUCCACUGGGUUCCGGCCUAUAUCCUAGACGUUUUCAUCUGGUGCGCUGGCUACGAGCCCGUGCUCAAGCGUGUGCAGAACCGGAUCCAGAAGGGCUUCGACGUGUUCGAGUACUACGCCAACAACCAGUGGGACUUCAAGAACACCUCGGCGCUCUACAUCCGGCCGCUGCUCAACGAGCGGGAGCGUCGCGAGUACAAGGUGGACGGUGAGGGCAUCGACUUCAUCGAGUACUUCACGGACUGCGUCAAGGCGGCCAGAGUGUACAUCCUCAACGAGAUGCCCGACACCAUCCCCGCUGCCCGGCGGCACAUGCGAGUGAUGUACUGGGUGGAUUGGGCGGCCAACAUCCUGUUCUGGUACUUCAUAGUGUACUUGAUGACGCUGUGCUCGACCACGGUGCACGAUGCCAGGGAGGCGGCGUUCGGCCUCGUCGGCUCAGGGUUCCGCGCCAUCCUCGGCGGCGACUCCUCGGCGGCUGCGUCGGCGGCAGCGUCGGCCUCGGUGCCAAUGGCGGACUUAUAAUGAUGGCACCGUGUGCCACGAAACAGCGGCCAGCCCUCGGCCCGCCGGAGGGACCUGGGCUGGGCACUGGCCGCUCUGCAGGGAAUCUCACCAAUGAGAGUACGUCCUGGGUCCUGCGCGCUGCACGCCUCCCCGCAGCCAUCCUGAGCUCGAGCUGCAGCCGGCGGCAGCCGCAGACCGGAGUCACUCCGACUAGUGUAACAUUGUGGAUGUGCCUCGUGAGAAACGAACGGCGCCCGCUGUUCGUUUCCUCUGAGUCCUUCUUAGGAAAAGUUUCACAGCCUUUCGACUUGUAAGAAAAUGUUUGUAUUUUUUUGCCCAUGCGCGCUUGUCGCUGGCGUGUCGGAUAGGCUGCCUAUCCUACUGGACGCCCGCCGAACUUUCGUGUUGAGUCAAUUUGGUUGCCUGACUACAAGGCGGCAGCGGGUAGUUGGAAGUCGCCGUGUGACGACUUUAGAAUACAUAGAUAGCAUAAAGCAAUUAUUGAAAACCUGUGGUGAGGGGUUUCAAGGACACUGCAGGUCAGGUCAGAAAUGGAAACGAAUUACAAGUUGAGCCCAGCAUUUGACCUUGAGUGCUCUGGGAGUUACUUCAAUUGACUGAAAUCACUCUCACCAUUCACUAAAAAUUAUUGCAAUUACAAGAGUACAUUUAAGACUGGAUAGAGGAAAGUAAGUGUCAAUGAAGUAUUACAUUCCUAUGACUUUUCAAUUUUUAAUCAAAGUUUAGUCAAUCAUUUGUAAGCAAUUACUUUCAUUGUGUUACCAAAUACCAUGUACGCAUAUCAACAAUAUCAAAAUAGGAAAUUGCUUCGUAAUUGAUAAGAUUUCAUUCAGUUUUGUUUACUAUUUUGCAUAAUAUGUCCACUGAAUGUAGUUGUAAGAUUCAUUGUUAAGUUUAUACAUUUCACGUAAUUCAAUGUAAAAUAAAAAUAUUUUUAAUCAGUUAA